UCAGUCUGAGAGUCUGCUGCAGAGGUAACAUGAGUUGCGAAUGAACAAUAACGUGAAUGUAUAUGAAACAAAAAAUGUAAAAAAACGAAGAAGCUCACGUGUAGGAGUUUACCGCACCUAGCUAGGGGGAAAAAGUGAGUCUUCAGGCAUGUGUGAUACUAAAGCUGAUCACUGCAGUGCUGGACUGCACAGAAGAGAGCAGGAAUAAGUGGCUUUGCUGAGUCUCGGGAAGCAGCAACAAACCUUGAAGCAAAACACAAGAUAACUUAUUUUGUUUCCAGAGAGACAUUGAUGCAAGAGAUAAAGGCAUGGAGUUUAUUUUUCUGUGCGAGGAUGCACUAUAAAACCUUUAACGCGGAAGGCCUCCGCUUGCCUUUCAAGGGACAACAAGGAGGAGACUGGCGCUGGAAGUGAUGAAAGAAUCAAGAUGGAGAUCCAGGAAAAUAAUUACCGUUGAGGAAAGAAUGAAAAAUGGAUUUGAAACACGUUUUAACGCUGAUGUUUGUUUGCCAAGUGAUCCAUAGAGGCCUUUCGGUGUUGGUGGCACCUGAUAAUGUUACCAUCAUAUCAAAAAACCUGUUGAGCAUUCUGUACUGGAGCCCAGUCACUGCUGAAAAUUGGACAGUCCAUUACAGAGUGCAGUACAAGCUCAGUUCACAUGAUAACAAAUGGAGCUGGACAGAUAUUGAAACAUGCAAUCCAACAAACAAGACAGAGUGCAACUUCACGUCUGCCAUCAGGGCCUCAUUCACAGUAAACCUGCGUGUACGGGCGGAAAGUGGCACUGACUUCUCUUCCUGGAGUGAAACAGAGUCAUUCUGUGCUUUGAAUGAAACUGUGAUUGGGCCACCCAAUGUCAAUCUCAUCCCUGGAAAACGUGCUAUGACUGUUGUAGCAUCUGUACCUCCUUCACUUAAGAAUGAGUACAAAGACCAUCUGAAAUACAGUGUUGUCAGUUUCAAGAAAGAUGACCCGAUGAAGAAAGUUGGUUUUCGCCUUCAGAAGUCUCCAAUUCUCUUUGAAGACCUUGUUCCUUGGACAAGAUACUGUGUUAAUGUGUCUAUUGUGAUUUCUAAGUUUACUGAGCUAAAGACUGUUCCAAAAAAAGAAUGUACAGACAUCCUUGAAGACGAGGAGACAAAAUCUAUAAAGCUACUUGUGAUCUCAGUUCUGAUUCCAAUUGGGGUCAUUGCAAUGGUGAUUGGAUGUUUAUUCCUUGUGAAGAAAAACUAUGGACACAUCAAGCACCUUCUGUUACCAGUCUGGGAGGUUCCAAAUCAUAUUCAACAGUUCCUUGCGGAGCCAAGCUAUGAAUUCUGCGAGAUGCCAUUAAGCAGCUAUAGCCGUGAAGAGCCAUGUGACACAAUAACAGUUCUUUUGGAAAUAGAUUAGAAUUACUAUUACUUCAGACGCUGAGGGGGAUAAGCAGAAGAGACUUAACAACAUUGGGUGCUGGUAUGCUUCAAAAAUGAACACCACUGGCACACUAUGGCAAAACUUGGAUGUGAAUCUUCUUUACCAACUUGACCAACAUCAGCUCUUUGUGGAGUGCACAUAACAUUACAAACCCCUUAUAACCUUCAGCUGCUUUCCUUUAUAAGAAGGCCUCCCUGGUUCUGGGAUAAUGGCAGAUUUAUUAACAUCAGCAUAUUAAAAGCAAAAGAAUGAGUCAUAAAGGUUUUUCAGCAUACCAGAGGAGUCAAUAAUUUUGUAAAGACAUGCUGGUAAACUCAACUGCCAUUGAGUUCAUCCCUUUCUUCUCUCACUUUGACUAAGCUAUUACUUAUGUCAUCAUGGCAGCACUUGCAGUAAUAUGGACUGGUGGGUUUUCGUGCCAGUUUUGUCCAAGCUGGGGGACUAAACGAAUGUAAGUAAAAUGGCAUGUGCCUUUGGUAUGAUGAACACAAGGGAAAAUGGAAAAACAAUUUUACAGGAUACAGGUUUUUGAUAUGGUAGCAUGUGAGGAAUAUCAGGAAAAGUCUGUCCAAGUGUUUUUGCUAAACAAGGAUGUCAGUCAGUGGGAAAUAAAGGAGGCUCCAAUGUUCCAAGCACGUUCUACCUUCAGUGUUACAGGAAGAGACUUAAAAUCUUAAGAGAUGUGGAUAAUUAAACCGAGGUACAAAUUUGAUACUCCAAAUAAUGUCUCGGUAUUAUUUUGUGUUUAUUUGGAUUUCAGCACCCAGAUAAGUAACAUGGGGUAAACACGAGUCUCUUGUUUCUAGUCUUUCUCGUGUGACUUCAUGGGCUAACAUCUAACAAAAUAAGAGAGGGGCAUCUUGUUUUUUGCUUUGGCUUAAUUUGGAUCACAAACAAUUUGGAUAUUUGAAUUGAAGAGGAGAAGCACCUAGAACUUGAUAUGUGAGGAAUUUUUUUAACCUGAGGAGUGAUAUUUCAAGACAAUUUUAUUUCAAGACUUUGGAAGCAAUCAGCUUGACCAGGAGUUCUUCUUAUAUUCAAGAGAUUAUGGAUUUUUUUUUUGUUUGAAGACCAAGGAAUAUCAAUGUUCAGACAUCGCUAAGUGUAUUUUACCUUUUGUUUUAUUUUUUAUUGUACCUUAGUACAAAGUAUUCUGAAAUACUGUACAUACCUUGUAACUUGUUUUUCUUACAAAAACACUCAGAAUCAUACUUUGAAACAGACACUGACGUAACUGUAAGUCGUGUCUUGUACUUUAAAGCACUAUUGUCAUUUUAUAUUGCUGAUUUUACAAUUAGAGAGUGAACAUUUAAAAAGUAUGUUUUUGUAGGUGAAAUGUUUUAAGUUAAAACACUGAGCUGGGAUCAAGGUGUGACUGGCCUAUUUCUCAGGUGCACUUUAGGAAUGUAAUGCAAAAGGAAGGCUUGUGUGUUGAACUUUUUGUUGAGCUAUACAAGGGAUUUAAAAUUGAAAUUGAGAGAAAUUGCAAUAAACCUUCUGGGGAACUGAAAGCAAAAACCUGCUUUGGGGAAGUUCAAGUCCUGUACAAAACCUACAUUGGGGAAAAAAAAUAUUUAAACAUGUAAAGGCUUUUGGAUAUCUAGUGUAGCAAUAACAUGUAUGAUUUGUAUGAGAGUGAAUUGAUUAUCUGUGGCAUGUUGUAUUGUGGUUAGAGGGGGAUGAUAACCAGUUAAGGUUGCCAUCUGGCCCUGGGUCAUCUGGGUCAUUUUCAAAACAGGCUGGAUCCCUAAAAAGAGGCUCUGUGCCUCUGAAGUGAAACAAAAUAACACCUAAAGUUGGCAGUUUCUUGAUUUGACACUUGAUAACUAUGCAGUACUAGAGAUAAAAGCAAGAACCCUUAUCUUGAAGAUUUUGUAUUUACCCUUAUUUCCUUUAUUAGUGUGUGUUUCGUUUGACCACUUUUCUAAAUAACCACAUUCUCCAAAUUCGCACAGAUUGUGCAAGAUGUAGCGCAUCAGCUGUAUGGAUCAGCUGAGUGGAGGAUGUGUUGGUUCACAAGCCAAAUAAUUUCAUUCCAGUCUGUUUACAGUGGCUAUCAAAUGUAUUCACCCUCUUGGACUUUUUAACAUUUUAUUGUGUGUUAUGGAAUCAUAAUGUAUUUAACUGUGAGGUUUUGUUAUUGAUUGACAGAAAACUCUUUAAUGUCAAAAUGAAAACAAAAUUCUACAGAUCCUCCUAAAUUAAUUAUAAAUAUAAAAUGGAAAAUAAUUGAUUAUUAAGGAUUUUGAGGCAUAUUUGGUAGAAAUUGUCGUAGGUUUUAUUGAAUAAGUUUGUUGAAUACUUAUGCAAUCAUUUAUUUUCUGUUUUAUAUUUAUAAUUACAGUAAUUUAGGAGCAUCUGUAGAACUUUGUUAUCACUUUGACAUUAUAGUGUUUUGUGCCAAUCAAAGGCAAAAAAUCCAUUAUGAUUCUAUAUUGUAACAGUAAAAUAUGAAAAAGUCCAAGGCAGUGCAUACUUUGAUAUCCACUGUAUGUUAUGGUCAUUUGUUUCACUUAACAUAAGUCAGGGAUCUCAGAACUAGGUCCUGUAGAACCAGUGUCUUCAGGUUCUUGUUCUAUCCUGAGUAGACAAUUAACCUAUUUAUUACACAUGUAUCAUUUUAAGGCCUUCAAUUAAAGUACAGUUACCUAUAAAACACCUCAGAGUCUAGUUAUGUAGUACAGUUGUAAUUUUAUGCAGUUAAAUAAAGAUUAAUUACGUAACAGAGCCUGGGUGGAACAGAAUCCUAACUCAUCAAGCCCUCCAUGGCCUGAACGUCAUAUCCCGAAGUAAGGCCUGUCUGAUUUCUGUACUGAUUUAAGGCAGGGCUGCAACUCUAGCUCCAGGCUUUAUUGAAAGCAAUUUUAUUGUAUAUGGGGGAAAAAAUGGGGCUGGUGUUUGCUUCCCUAAAAUCACAUGAUGCCAGCAGAGAUAGGCUAUUUACUAUACAGCUUCUGUUAAUUUUUUAACAUUAACACUGAACACUCCUGUAUUAUUAUUAGGUUUUACACAGAUCUAUUAAUAGAAAUAUUCAUUUUCAGGAUACAAGAAUAAUUUAUGAUUCAAUUGAUUUCAUUCUGGGGGCAAUUUUAAGCAAUUACUAAUUUUUCUAAUCUUGCUCUUGCAAGACAUACAGGCCAUCUUUUGGUGGUCACGCCAACAUUGGAGAAAGAUACCAUCUAGUUGUGUACAAAGAAUUCUAAAUAUCUUGGAUUGUUUUUAUUUUUCACAAUGGUUGUUUUCCCCAGUGUGGUAUUCAGUUAUUUUUUUCCUAGUGAAAUGCUUUCUUAUUGUGAAAACAUAUUUGUUCUCUAAGAAGUUAUUUUAAGUUUGAAGUAUAUGAUAAACUUGGGAACAUUUGGAAAUACUUUUAUUUUGGGCUAUUGUAAUAUCAAGAGCACUCCAGUUUUCUUUCUGUUUGCUCUUGCUUCCUGAAUUUGUUGUUUGGGUUUUUAAAAUGGAACAUUUGCAAGUUUUUUUUCCUUUUGGAUAUCUCUCUCCCUCUUCAUUUGAGAGACAGACCUAUGCAAGUGCUACAGACUUGCCACUUUUACCUGCGUGGUAAGAAGGAAGAAGGACUGUUUUAACUUACAGUUGUACUUUUGUGUUUCACUCGCCUACGUGUAUACUCGCCAACUGCUCUGGCCUUAUACAAUACUGUCAUCUAGCCUGUCUUGCAUGGUCGCCAAUUUCCAGCAGUCCAGUGGUAGCUUAGACCAAAGACUUUUUUGACAAUCUACUUUAUUUUUAUUGUCCUUAGAGCCCAGCAGAAAAUAAGAAAAUAUAAAAAUGUACAGAGUGAAGAAUAUCUAAAUCAGCAUCUACUGUGUAAUUCAGAGCACCUUAGAAUUCAGUAAAGCAAAGAAGUACAAGGUCAUGAUACUAUCAGGAAAUGGGGUGUCUGUUCAUAUUUAAUAUUUUUAUAAUAUAAUACAUUUGUCUUUUAUAAUAGCAGUCUGAGGUUAGGGAAUUUGUACAAAACACCAACAAUAAACACUAAAAAUAUCCUAAGGGUGUGUUAAGAUGCAUGUGUAUAAAAUAAUUUUUCCACACCACAGUUUAAAACCAGACAAAUCUUGACGCAUUACGCACCACUGCUUGAAGAAUCCUGCUCACAUUAAGUUAGCGAUGUGAGCGGUAGCUUAGCCCGCAUUUGGAGUGAGACACUCCAGAGCCCUUUACACAGGACAGUUUUGGCUGGUGCUGUGGCUCCAAAUAAAUUAAACACAGGAGGAUAUCCUUGCAGGACAUACCAGUCCACCAUAUCUCAUGGUAAUCUGAAAAAGUCUCUUCCAUCCUUGUAUUUACAAAAAUAAGAGGAUACACUCAAUAAAGAAUUCCAUAAGUAUGAUAAACUAUGGUAACCAUGACCACAAAGUCAAAAUUUACUUUAAGCUUUUUUAGGUCUAAAGCAUCAAUGUUGGUCAGGGCAGAAUGGACCAAACAUACAAUGUUUCAUAAUCUGAUGGUUUAGGGUACCUAUAAAACCUACUGGCCACUCUGUGACAGGACUUGGUUGUCUCUCGCUAUCACAGUUCUCUGGAUAAAAUCAUUUACCCCUGUGACUCGAUAUUGCACUGAGGGGAAGCUGAGAGGUACUUUUCCGUGUCUUUUUCAAAUAAAAAUAUUUUCUUGGGUGCAAUAGCCUAUUAA